GUCAAACGGAGCGCGUCAGAGUCAAGCGGAAGAGGCUUGGUGCUCCCUUGGCCUGCUGCUGAUGCCCCGCCGCAAAACUAAGCAGCGGCCACGCUGCUCAUCACCAGCCACAACUGGCCUCAGAGAUCCCCACCCUGACUCUGUUAGGUCUCCAAUCACUGGUCUUGUUGCCCCACCCACUUUUUUCCCCCCUGGAUUCGAGGCAAUGUUGCCUCAAAACAAGGACCACCAGGUGCUGUUACAGAACGCAGUGCCCCCAGGGUGUUGCCCUCAGGUCCUCUCACAAUGUGUCGACUCCCGUCCAUCCAACUUAGCAGCUCUCUCCCCCCAUCUGACCCUCCCUCCUUCCCACCAACCUUUGCCCUCUCCCGUGUCACAGGCCUAUUUCCCCCUCUCGUCGCCCCAGUCCCGCUCUCCUGGGCCUCUCUUAGACUCUUGGGACUCCAACUCUGACUCUGUUCCUCUUCCCUCCUCCUCCUCCUCCUCCUCCUCCUCCUCCUCCUCCUCUCUCCCAAGUCCCCCCACUUUCUUUGGCCAAAACUGCUCUCGUCUGCCCUCUCCACACACAUCCUCUCCUCCUCUUAGCAGCUCCUCUUCUCUUUCCCAGCUGCAGAAUUCCUCUCCUGGCUCUUGCCAGUCUCCUUCCCACCUCCAGGACCUCCACGAUUCCACCACGGUCACUUCCCCCAGCCCCAGCGUAGCUUCUGGAGGGAUUCCCAGGAACAAACAAACAAGGCGGCAGCGGCCUCCAUCCGGAAACACCAGGUCCCCUGGGGCGGCAGAGGGAUGCAUGGCAAGCAAGUCGGACCCUGCAGAAUUCCAGGACCUAGAGGCCCUCGCCCAAGCGCUAGCGCUCCGUGUGGGGCGCCGCAGAAUUGCCCGAGACUUGAAGAUACUGUUUCUGCAGCACCUCCUGCAAGGCACAAGAGGCCAGGCUCCAGUCGUGGAGUACCCCAUUUGUCUAGCGUGCCCCACCCCCAAGCACAAGCCUGGGCCCAGGCUGCUUGCCUUCCCUCAACUCCUGCCCCCUGCCGAGGGCCGGGGAUCUGGGCGUCCCCGCUUAGGCAUUGGCUAUAGCCUCAGCUUGCCUCCGGGCCAGGACAAAGCCUCGCAUCUGCUCCCAGAAAAAAAGCCGAAGGAAGCAAGGCGUCCCGGAGAGGUCCUCCGGAGCCAAAGGCCUGCACCCCAGGUACCAGCAGCUCAAGUCCCAGGCCCACCCUCCCGGGAAGAGAGCCUCAGGUCUGCAGGCCUCCAAUCAACAAAAUCCAACCAGAGUUUCAGGUCUUCACCUCAGGCACCAAGACGGGUCACUGUCUCCCCAAAGCCCUGGUCGCGUCCCAUCCCAAGGAGGACUUCUCAGACCUUGGGAAGUCACAGAAACACCUUGAAGGGCUGGCUGGCCGGAGGCCAGGUGUGUUCUCCUGCCUUCAACCCUGGGAACCCCUUGUGGAGCCUGCUCUCCCCUGGUGGAAGAAGACCAGGGGCACCCAAGGCCCCUCAUUCAGCCUUCAGUGUAGCCAAUAAAGCCUAACUCACCCUGAGAA